AUGGAGUCCGCAAAAGUUCCCGUCAAGCUCGUCAAGGUCACCCGUGUGCUCGGCCGCACUGGAUCUCGUGGUGGUGUGACCCAGGUCCGCGUAGAGUUCAUGGACGAUACCACCCGAAGCAUUAUCCGCAACGUCAAGGGCCCAGUCCGCGAGGAUGAUAUCCUCUGCUUGCUCGAGUCUGAGCGUGAGGCUAGAAGGCUAAGAUAG